UACACGUGUCUCCCUGCCAAAACAUGAAAGCCCGGCUCUCGCGCCUUGCGCUGUGCUUCUGUGGGGACAUGGCUCCUUUCACGGAGUGGAUGAAGGGACAGUUCAUCUUGAUUCAGAUUGUGGAUUGGGUUUUGAGGGGAGCAGCACAGGUGAUGUUUGUGAACAACCCUUUGAGCGGGCUCAUCAUCUUCGCUGGUCUGAUCCUCCAAAAUAGAUGGUGGGCCCUGAAUGGCUUUGUGGGCACCUUGUUUGCCACGAUCUCAGCCCUCAUUCUAAAACAAAAUAGAGGUGCAAUAGCAGCAGGUUUGUAUGGAUACAAUGGAAUCCUGGUCGGCUUGCUCAUGGCAGUCUUCUCCAACGCGGGCGACUGGUACUGGUGGCUUCUAUUACCCAACAUCUUCAUGUCGAUGGCAUGCCCGAUUGUCUCCAGUGCCCUGGCAUCUAUCAACAGUCGGUGGGACCUGCCAGUGUUCACACUACCUUUCAACAUCCUGGUGUGUUUGCACAUGGUGGCUACAGGCCAUUACAACCUCUACUUCCCCCAGGUCCUGAUUCAGCGUCGCAGCACUUUCCCAAAUGUCACAUGGUCCGAGAUGGACUAUGCUUUGCUCUUCCGCUCCAUUCCUGUGGGUAUUGGGCAGGUCUAUGGCUGUGACAAUCCUUGGACAGGAGGCAUCUUCAUUAUUGCCCUGUUCAUUUCUUCGCCGAUAACUUGUGUUCAUGCCGUUAUUGGCUCUGCAGUUGGUAUGGUGUCAGGUCUUGCCCUUGCUGCACCGUUCGAGAACAUCUACUUUGGAUUGUGGGGAUAUAACUGCGUUUUGGCUUGCAUCGCCAUCGGUGGAAUGUUCUACGCUCUCACUUGGCAGGUCCAUCUCCUGUCUGUAGCCUGUGCAUUUUUCUGUGCCUACCUUGGCAGUGCUAUUGCCAAUGUGAUGGCCACUUUUGGGCUCCCAGCAUGCACUUGGCCCUUCUGCCUGUCUGCCCUUACCUUCCUUCUGAUCACCACGGAGACGAAGGCCAUCCACAAGCUGCCGCUCACCAAGGUGGCGUACCCUGAGAAAAACCUCAUAUACUUUUGGAAGAUGAAAAAGGAAGAGAGAGCUGAGAAGACGAAGAUGACCAAAGGACUGGCAAAAGAGGAGGUAGUGAAGAGUGCAUUGGAAAGUCAAGAGAAGAAUGAGCAGAAUCGACAGGUCAGCACUGACAGGGUGGAGACAGAGACCAGCAGUGGGCCGAGCACCGAAGAAAUCACACCACGCACCCCACACUAUGGCGAUGCUGCAGUAGUCUGAAUCAACACUGUGCCCAUGCUGGGAUACCAGACAAAUCAUCAUAUGCACCACUAGACUGCAACAGAAGUUAAUCUAUCCCUGUUAGAAUGGAGAUAUCCUUCUUACAAGAUGGGCUUGAUGUAUUAUCUUUAUUGCUGUAUCUCAUUAGUAAAAGUGGUAUGGGAUUUUCCACUCUAUGUGCCCUUUCAGUAACAUUUUUUUUUACAAACAUAUUACAGUUGUUUCUUUUCAGUCAUUCAAGUUGUUUACUUAUAUCCUAACAGUGAUUGUAUUACACAGAUGUUUAUUGU